UGCGGGCGCAUUUUGAGGUCAGCGCUGAGCUGAGUUAGAAGUUAUUGACACCAUCUUGUUCCUUUCGCAUUACUGCUCGGAAAUCGUCAAGAUGUUGAGCUUAUUCCGGCUCAGAAACGGAAUCCAGAGCCACAGACUUUCGCAUGGGUGCAAGGUUGUCGGGAGCCGUUUUCUCCAUCGCCAGCCACUGCACCCUGAGUGGUCAGAGCUUGCCAAAAAGCAGUUGAAGGGUGUGGAUCCUAAGCAAAAACUGACAUGGCAUACUCCAGAGGGUAUUGAUAUAAAGCCCUUGUACACUAAAAAUGAUACUGCACACAUGUCAGAUGAGCUUCCUGGCAAGUUUCCUUUUACACGUGGUCCAAAUCCCACUAUGUACACCAAUAGGCCAUGGACUAUCCGACAGUAUGCUGGAUUUAGCACAGUAGAGGAGAGCAACAAGUUCUACAGAGACAAUAUCAAAGCAGGUCAACAGGGGUUGAGUGUAGCCUUUGACUUAGCAACACAUCGAGGGUAUGAUUCAGACAACCCUAGGGUGCACGGUGAUGUUGGCAUGGCAGGUGUUGCUGUUGACUCAGUUGAAGAUAUGAAGGCCCUGUUUGAUGGUAUUCCCCUAGAGAAGAUGUCAGUCUCCAUGACGAUGAAUGGGGCAGUCCUCCCUGUCCUGGCCAUGUACAUUGUCGCAGCAGAGGAACAGGGUGUGAAGCAAGAACAGCUUACAGGAACAAUUCAGAAUGAUAUCCUGAAGGAGUUUAUGGUCAGGAACACUUACAUCUUUCCCCCAGAACCCUCAAUGAAGAUCGUUGGAGAUAUUUUUCAAUAUACUUCCCAGCACAUGCCAAAGUAUAAUAGCAUCUCAAUCUCUGGUUACCACAUGCAGGAGGCAGGUGCCGAUGCUGUACUAGAGAUGGCCUUCACUAUUGCUGAUGGCUUGGAAUACUGUCGAACUGGUCUGAAGGCUGGCUUGGACAUUGAUAACUUUGCUCCUCGACUCUCGUUCUUCUGGGGUGUGGGCAUGAACUUCUACAUGGAGAUUGCUAAAAUGCGUGCAGCCAGACGAUUAUGGGCCAACUUGAUCCAGAAGAAUUUUAAUCCCAAGAAUUCCAAAUCAUGCAUGCUGAGAACACACUCGCAGACCUCAGGCUGGUCUCUUACUGAGCAGGAUCCCUAUAACAAUAUAAUCCGUACAACUAUUGAGGCAAUGGCAGCGGUGUUUGGAGGGACACAGUCUCUUCACACAAACUCCUUUGAUGAGGCUCUAGCGCUACCAACUCCCUUCAGUGCCAGGAUUGCACGCAACACCCAGAUCAUCCUUCAAGAGGAAUCCGGAAUCCCAAAGGUCGCUGAUCCAUGGGGCGGAUCUUAUAUGAUGGAGAGUCUAACAGAUGAAAUUUAUGAAGCUGGGAUGAAGGUUAUUCAAGAGGUUGAAGAAUUGGGUGGUAUGGCAAAAGCUGUUGCUCAAGGGAUGCCAAAGUUGAGGAUUGAGGAGUGUGCUGCCAAGAGGCAAGCAAGAAUUGACUCUGGAUCAGAGACCAUUGUGGGAGUAAACAAGCAUCGUCUCGGGAAGGAGGAGCAGGUUGAGGUGUUGGUGGUUGACAAUACACGUGUACGGGAACAACAGGUUCAAAAACUUAAGAAAAUCAGAGAUGUCCGUAACAACGAGGAGGUGACAAAGGCGAUGGAUGCCAUAACAGAGUGCUGCAAGACUGGCCAGGGCAACCUGCUGGAGCUAGCGAUCCAGGCUUCACGUGUGCGAUGCACCCUGGGAGAAAUCACAGAAGCCAUGGAACGGGUUGUUGGCAGGCAUGUAGCCCGCGAUCGCAUGGUCAGCGGUGCAUACAAGUCGGAAUACGGAGACACGGAUGAAAUCAAACAGUGCAUGAACAGGGUCGAGGAGUUCGUGGAGGUCGAGGGGCGUCGCCCGCGUAUACUCGUGGCAAAGAUGGGUCAGGACGGACACGACCGCGGGGGCAAAGUCAUCGCGACCGGUUUUGCAGAUUUAGGAUUUGACGUAGACAUUGGACCUCUCUUCCAGACCCCAGAGGAAGUCGCGCAGCAGGCUGUGGAUGCCGAUGUGCACGUGGUCGGAGUUAGUUCCCAGGCUGCCGGCCACAAGACUCUGAUCCCAGAGUUGGUCAAAGAGCUAAACAAGAUGGGUAGAAGUGACAUUGUGGUGGUUUGCGGGGGAGUCAUCCCACCCCAGGAUUAUGACUUCCUGUACAAGGCUGGCGUCACCUCCAUAUUCGGUCCCGGCACUCGGAUCCCUGUGGCCGCCAUUGAAGUGGUUAAUGCCAUCUCCAAUAACACUGGUGGUAAUGUGCACAAGAAAAGCUCUGCCUGAAUGACUCCGAAGUACAAGCUCCUGUUGGCGAUGAAAAACGUCGCCUGUUAGCUGUAACUGUAAAGUAAGACUCGGUAUGCAGUGAAUAGCCUAUUCUAGGUAGGUAAACGAGCUACAAUCAAGCGGGAAGACUCGUUAAAUCCACUAGCUUUAUAUUGUGGUUUCUCCACGUCAGAUGUAAUUGCUAUAAUAGCAAGGUCUAGAAGCGAAAAAGAGAAUGUUUUCUUACCGUGAUGUGUAAAAAUAAAGUAAGAUAUAAUAAAUAAGUUUAUGGUA